ACAGAGUACCCAUCUUCAACGCAACACAUCAACCUUCCCAAGGCAGCUGUUUUAAAGCCCCCCGCUGUAUACGUAUGUGUAGAGUCUACGCUCUACACAGCAGCUGUAGUGAACGAAGAUCGACGGCUGCGAUAGAAAGAACGCACAUAAAUCAGUGCCGGACUGAAGUUACACACAAACGGUCUUAUACGAUCAGUAUUAGUGCUCUGCUUUGGACGGUGACUCAGUUCAAGAUCAAAAAAGUGCUCGGAUAGGCAAGAAAAAAAAAACCCAAUCUCACAUCGGUGCGGUCCUCCGCACUGACCACUCAAACAAGAAUCAUUUAGUCAUCACUACCUACUGUCAAGGCACGAUUUGAAUCGGAAAUCUCUUAUCUGAGUUUUUUUAGACGAAAGGAACUAAGAGUAUGUGCGGGCGUGAAGUGCAACACAUUUUCCAGAUUUGCCAAGUGUCGUAAACAGGGGCAAUCGCGCGUAGUAGGCUCUCGAGUGGAGUGGAUGUUAGCUUCGUCUUUGUGAAUUGUUCUCCAGUUUGUUGCGACUUUUUAUUCCGAGGUUACACCAGCUUCAGUGACUCGUGACGAACGGAGGCGACCUCCAAGAAAACAGAAUAACAAACCGACGACCAAACAACGAUGGAUAUCUUCAUUCCGAUUGUGAUCUUUUUCGUGCUGUUUGUGUUCUUUUCACUGUGCGGGAUGUGCUGCCGGCGAAGGCGAGACCAGGGAGCAGUGAUUGCAACCCCGGUAGUGAUCACAUCCACGCAGCACCACGUAGGUCCCUAUCCGGUGCACGUGAACACCAGUACGGCCGCCGGGGCUCCGGGUGGGGUCGUAAUGCAGCAGCACGGCACCGGGACUGGAGUAUACCCGAUGCAUCAACCUGGACCGGCGAUACCGCAGGGCAUGCCACAGCCUAUGCCGGGCUACAACCCCGCUCCCGGUGGAUACCCUCCGCAACCGUAUCCCCCGCAACAGCAGACGCAACCCAUGCAGCAGAUGCCAAUGCCGAUGCCCAUGCCCGGCACUGCUCCUCCUCUGCAUACUCAAACCACUAUGAAUCCACCGAGCUACGAUUCGGUCGUAACGGAAAGCUACCCCAAACAGGCACCGUACAAUCCUCACUACACCGGACAGUGAAAUCUGUGAAUUCGUGGACUUCCUUACUACAUACAUACUUACCUAUAUGCUAUUAUUACCAAUACGUUGUACUGAUAGAGAAGAUGCUCGAUUCAAGAUUCGGUUUGCUAGUCAAAUCCACUAUGAAGACUAAGGGCCCUCCGAGGUUCUGAGUUUACUAGUUUGGUUUCAGAGAACAGUCAUGUUCGAACAAUUUGACUAUUUUGUUCUUAAGGUUUUUUUUCUCUCUUAAGGCCAUAUACACGUAAUCGUACGUAAAAUACAUGUUUAUUACAUUGUACACUGUACAACAUAGCACACAUCGAAAUGCUGGGCAUGUUCUUAAAGAAAACUGAAAUUAAUGUAUAUCUAGAUAUUGUUCCAACAUAUAGAGCAGGUUUGUUUGAAUUACAGAGAGCUUAAGCCGAAGAACAAACAAUGUAAGAAAAACUAUUUACGCUACUUCACAUUCAAAAAUUUACACGAAGAAAAAAAAACAGUAUAAAUGGGAUAAACACCUCUGUCGUUACAACAAUGAGUGAAGGGUAAAAAAUCAAAAUAAAUACCAAGUUGUGAUUCCUUUAUUUUUAUCCAAGAACAAACUGGUGUCUUUGGAUUGAAGAUGUAUAUAAAUAUGGGUUUAAGCAAACGAAUGCGCCUCUGAGGAGGGUUUUAUUUUGCGUCGUACCACUUGAAGAACUCAUCGUAAAAUAUAUUAUUCCACAUUUUUGUCUAGAAAGUU